AUGCACUCAACAUCUCAAGCAAUCUCUAUAUGCACCCAGAGUUUACCAGAACGUUAACUCUCCACUAAAGGAGCAACGCAUAUUCUCGUUGAGGUACUUACUUCAGGGUUCUUUUGGCAGUAAGCCCACGCUGAAUACUUUCUUCAGAAGGAUAGCACACAUUUUAUUAACAUGCAAUAAUUCAUGCACGUCAGUAAAAAUAAAGAUACCUUAAAUUUCUUCUCUUCAUUUUCAUAGAAACCAUCUGAUUAUCAAGCAUAUGAAAGGCAGUUAGAUACCCUCAUACGGGCUUGA